UUAACUCAACAAAAUGGGACGUACCUAUCGUUAUCGUAAACAACGGCAAAAAUUAGCAAAGGAACAUGAACAAAAUAAAGAUGACAGAUUCUUACCUGAUUUGUAUAAAUAUUUAAGUUCAUUGGGCUGGAGAAAUGAAAGUCAAUUGACAGCUAGAAACUUUCCUCUUACCGGUCGAGGUUUAUGUUCAAAAUCUCUAACAUUAGAAACUGGCUCAGAACUAAUACGCUUACCAAGUAAUGCACUUUUAAGUAUAAAAACUAUAGAAACUGAUGAUGAAUUCAAAGACAUAUUUGAUGAAACAAAAUUUGAUAAAGAUCACAAAAUAUCAUUUCAAGCAUUAAUGGCAUUUUAUAUUUUAUAUCAAAAAAAUCUAGGAGAUAAUACAAAAUAUUUACCAUAUUUAAAAUCAUUGCCUAGUUAUUUUACAACUCCCUACUUCUGUCCAAUUUCGGAAUUACAAUGUUUACCGGAAAAUAUAUUGGAGAGAACUGUUGAACAAAAUCGUCUAAUUAAAUUGGCCUAUAGCAACUUGAAAUUGGUUUUAAAAAUCGAAAAUUUUGAAGAGCAAUAUCCGCUACAACAAUUUCGCUGGUCAUAUUUUGUUGUGAAUACACGAAGUGUUUAUGUCUUUGGUAAACAACUAAAACCUGAAAAAUCCUUCUUCCAAUCUUUCAUAACAGAAGACUGCAACUUAGCGUUGGCUCCAUUUUUAGAUCUUUUCAAUCAUUCAGAUCAAGUUCAAACCCAGGCGGAUUUAAUACGUAAUAAAGAAACCAAAGAAUUGGAAUUUAUAUUGACAUUGGAGAAUUGUGAAAAUUCGAAAAUCCUACCAUUACAACAGAUUUUCAUAAGCUAUGGUGCGUUGACAAAUUUAAAAUUAUUAUUAGAAUAUGGUUUCUUUUUAUCAUUAAAUUGCCAUGAUUAUUUUGAGUUUUCGCUUAAUGAUAUAGAGAAUUUUUUACACAUGGAGAAAACGCUUAAGGGGCGACUAUUCCACAAAAACAAAUUUAAAUUUAUUAGAGAACAUAAUCUAUGCGACCAGAUGUUUGUACACCGUUUAGACGGAAUAUCACAUAAUUUACAUGUAGUCUUACAUUUACUUUUCAAAGAAGAGAGUCAUUUUCCCAAUAUAUUGAAUCAAGUGGCAUUCGGAUCUGUGGCCAACUUAGAAAAUGUUAAUGAUGAAAUGAAACUUUUAUUGGAAUUUAAAAUUAACGAAUAUGAAAUAUUCAUUAAUUCGUUGGAAUCAAUGAAAGCCCUAUCAAAAUCAGGAAUAGUUGUUAAGUCGUAUUUACAAGAAUGUCAUAAAUAUUUACAAAAUUGUAUAAAUACAAUAGAAUAUUAG